AUGGUAGUUCGAUUACGAACAAUUUGUUUUUCAUCGUUUUUGAUUCUCAUUAUUCUCUCCCUCUAUGUCAUCUGGCCAUGGUUUCAUGCUGCUUAUGUAUGGCGUCAAAGUACAAUCAAAUCUUUGAAUUUUUCUACGACUUCAUUAUUAAACAAUACAAAUAGUCAAGUACCACGAAUACUACAUCAAACAUAUCGUGAUAUACAUUCAAUACCAUUUAAAUGGCAACAAGCAUCAAAUAGUUGUCGAACAUUUCAUUCCGAUUAUAAAUAUUAUCUUUGGACGGAUAAAGAAGGACGCAGUUUAAUUGAAAAAGAAUUUCCUUGUAUUUUAUCAACAUUUGAUUCUUAUCCAUAUGAUAUUCAACGUGCUGAUGUUAUUCGUCUUGUUGUAUUAUAUGUAUACGGAGGAAUUUAUUUAGAUUUAGAUAUUAUUUGUCUAAAACCACUUGAUAAAUUAUUAAAUUAUGAAUUUAUUCUACCACAAACCAAACCUGUUGGUUUAUCGAAUGAUUUCAUUGUUGCAAAACCGAGACAUCCAUUUUUAUUACAAAUUUUGAAUGAUUUACCGAAAUUUAAUCGAAAUUUUUUCACAAAAUAUCCAACUGUAAUGUUUUCUACUGGACCAAUGUUUCUUACACAUGAAGCUUCAUCUUAUCCAAAUCGUUCUUCAUUAGAUAUUAUUUCUCCUGUACUCUAUGGAAAAUAUGUAUAUAAUUCAUCGUAUUCUCUAUUUCGACAUUUAAAAGGUUAA